GGAAUAGGAGAGCACCCUCUUCAGUAUACUUAUACUUUAUGGUUCUCUAAAAGAACUCCUGGAAAAAUGUCUUCUCAGUCCUACGAUCAAAAUUUAAAAAAAAUUGGUUCUUUCGUUUCGGUGGAACAGUUUUGGAGGUAUUACAGUCACAUGAUUAGACCUGGCGAUUUAACCGGUCAUAGCGUCUAUCACCUUUUUAAAGAGGGCAUCAGGCCAAUGUGGGAAGACAAUGCUAAUUGCAAUGGAGGAAAAUGGAUGAUACGAUUAAAAAAAGGAUUGGCUUCCAGAUGUUGGGAGAAUUUAAUAUUAGCUAUGUUGGGAGAGCAAUUUGUUGUAGGUGACGAAUUAUGCGGGGCAGUGAUUUCUAUUAGGUUCCAAGAAGAUAUUCUGUCAUUAUGGAACAAGACUGCCACAGAUCAAACCACUAUAGCUCGCAUUCGAGAUACUCUUAAAAGAGUUCUAAACCUUCCCACUAGUGCUGUUAUGGAAUAUAAAACUCACAACGAAAGCAUAAAGUAA